AUGAUCUUUUCAUUGGAUGAAGAGUUAAAUAAGACAAAUAGUGUCCCUGAAUUUGCAGUACAUGAUCUAGAUCCAUUAGACGAUAUAUCGCUUGUCGAAAAUGACAAUUCUAAUAUCCCUCAACAACAUCAACAGCAGCAACAGUGCAUCCAGUUCUUAUCUUCGGAUUAUAUGGAUGUAAAAAAUAGUCCCACCAUGAUUAAAAAUAGAAGAAGGUUAUCGGUGCUAGAUAAAUUUUCUGUAUUAUCGCCUUUACAUACAAGAAGAGUUUCAGUUGGUCCACUUAAAAAUGAAGAUAUGGUUGUUAAAAAGCAUGAUUUUGCAAGAGAAGAUGGAACCAUGGAAACAGUGGUCGAUGAAAUUUCCGAUGAUACAACUGAUGAACAUUCAAGGAAUCUACAUGACUUCAAACCAGUUAGAGUCUUGGGUAAAGGUGCAUAUGGGAAAGUUAUUCUUGUUAAAGAUCAGAAAUCAUCCAAGUUAUAUGCUAUGAAAACUUUAAAGAAGGCAGAGAUAUUGAUUAAUGAUACUGAUGUAAUAAAUUUGAAUGUGGAAAGGACAUUUGCGGAAAGAAAAAUCCUAUCACAAUUAGAACAUCCAAAUAUUGUGAAAUUGUUUUACUCAUUUCAUGAUCAAAAUAAAUUAUAUUUAGUAUUACAAUAUGUCCCUGGUGGAGAAUUGUUUUAUCAUUUAAAGGAAUAUGGUACGUUGAGUGAGGAUACUGUAUCCUUCUAUGCUGCUGAGAUCAGUUGUGCUUUAAAAUUUCUUCAUGACAAAGGUAUAGUGUAUAGAGAUUUAAAACCAGAAAAUUGUUUAUUAAACGAACGAGGACAUUUAAUUUUAACAGACUUUGGUUUGUCUAAAAGGGCUAUAGAUGGAGAGGAAUCUAAUAGCGAUCCUGAUGAUAAAAAUGAGGAAAGUAUUUACACAUUACAUUCUAUUAUUGGUACACCGGAAUAUUGUGCUCCAGAAAUUCUACAAGGGCUACCAUACAACAAAAAUUGUGAUUGGUAUUCACUUGGAUGUCUUUUAUACGAUAUGUUAAUUGGGAAACCACCUUACACUGGGAACAAUCAUAAAGUUAUUCUAAAUAAGAUUCAAAAGGACAAACAAGGUCCAAAGAUACCAUUCUACUUAAGUGAAGGAAUGAAAGAUAUGUUAAAUUGGUUAUUGAAAAAGGACAGAACUAAAAGAUGGGAUGUCGAUAGAUAUUGGAAAGAAGAAACAAAAAAUCCAAACAAUAUCAAUAAAAAUAGUAAAGGAAAAAAUAAGAAACCAGGCAAACAGAGAGAACUGAAAUUCCAAUCACAUUUUAUUUUUAGAAAAAUAGAUUGGCAUAUGAUGGAAUCAGGGGACUUACAAAAAACUACAAUGGGACCUAUUGUACCAAUGAUUACAGAUUGGGAACUGGCAGAAAAUUUCGAUUCUGAAUUUACUUCAAUGUCAUAUGAAGAUGAUUAUGCCAUAAAUAUUCCAAAGGGUUCUGAUAAUCGUGUAAAUGGUAGUAAUGUGGCUGUUACAAGUACUGAUAUUAGUGAUGUAUUUAAAGGAUUUAGUUUUAAAGCCAGUAAAAGUUAUUUAGAAAGGUAUUUUUAA